GCUUCAUGCACGGUGAUAGAAUAUAUUAGCUUCAUGGAAUUAUGCUUGUACUUUGGUUACUUUGAGCAUAUUUUGAAUGUUUCUAAGUGCUGUUUUCUUUUGGAUUUAGCUUAGUAGAGUGCCGAAGGAGAGGAAGAGGAGAAUAUUGAAACUUGGAUUCGUUUCAAUUCAAACUUCUGUUUGCCUUCCUCUGCAACAGCAAGCCCAUGGUGCGAGGAAAAGAUUCCAGCUCGGCAGAGGUGCACUUUAUCGGUCAGAUUGUGAGUGGGUCAGGGUUCUCAGACUCACAGCUGUUCUGCAGGUGGAGUAUACAAACAGGCGGUGCCUGGCACCAUGUGGAGGGUCUGAAGGAGGGUCAGACGCACGCCGACUGUCCCCAGCUCGGUCAGGCGGCGAUCUGGUGUCACCCAGUGGAUGUGCACUACACCAUCAAAGGCAUCACAGGUUGGCCGAAGCUGGUUGUGCAGGUGUACAGUCUGGACGGCUUUGGACGGUUCGACAUCUGUGGCUACGGCUUCUGCAACUUGCCUAGCAGUCCGGGAGCGCACAGCAUCGACUGCGUCAUCUGGAGGCCGACUGGCAGUCUGAGGGACGAGUUUCGCCAGCAGUUUGUGGGCGGCGGCCCGCAGCUCAGGGACCCGCAGCUGGUCUACACGUCCCUGGACCGGUACCGGAUCCAGACCACCGCCAUGGGCACGGUGCACGUCCAGAUAAGCGUGAUCCUGCGUAACUUUGCCCGUUACGGUAUCGAGUACUGAGCGUUCGCGGCGAUGUGCCGCCGCUGGGGACGGCGGCAGGUGGCGCUGCUGCUCGCGCUGCUGGCGGCUGCCG